UUCUCGGGCGGUGUGUGCGCCUGCGCUGGCCCUGGUCUCGGAGCAGCCAUGAUGGAAGGCCUGGAUGACGGCCCCGACUUCCUCUCGGAGGAAGACCGCGGACUUAAAGCAAUAACUGUAGAUCUUCACAAUGAUGCUGCUCUGCAAGUGGACAUUUCUGAUGCACUCAGUGAGAGAGACAAAGUGAAGUUCACUGUUCAUACAAAGAGUUCAUUGCCAAACUUUAAACAGAAUGAGUUUUCUGUUGUCCGACAACAUGAGGAAUUCAUUUGGCUUCAUGAUUCCUUUGUUGAAAAUGAAGACUAUGCGGGUUAUAUUAUCCCUCCCGCACCACCAAGACCUGAUUUUGAUGCUUCACGGGAAAAACUACAGAAGCUUGGAGAAGGAGAAGGGUCGAUGACAAAGGAGGAAUUCACAAAGAUGAAGCAGGAACUGGAAGCGGAAUAUCUAGCCAUAUUCAAGAAGACAGUGGCGAUGCACGAGGUGUUCCUGUGUCGUGUAGCAGCACAUCCCAUUUUGAGAAAAGAUUUAAAUUUCCAUGUCUUCUUGGAAUAUAAUCAAGAUUUGAGUGUGAGAGGAAAAAAUAAAAAGGAAAAACUUGAAGAUUUCUUUAAAAACAUGGUUAAAUCAGCAGAUGGAGUAAUUGUUUCAGGAGUAAAGGAUGUAGAUGACUUCUUUGAGCACGAGCGGACAUUCCUUUUGGAAUAUCAUAACCGAGUUAAGGAUGCAUCUGCUAAAUCUGAUAGGAUGACAAGAUCUCACAAAAGUGCUGCAGAUGAUUACAAUAGAAUUGGUUCUUCAUUAUAUGCUUUAGGAACUCAGGAUUCUACAGAUAUAUGCAAGUUUUUCCUCAAAGUUUCAGAACUGUUUGAUAAAACAAGAAAGAUAGAAGCACGGGUAUCUGCUGAUGAGGACCUUAAACUCUCGGACCUGUUAAAAUAUUACUUAAGAGAAUCUCAAGCCGCCAAGGAUCUCCUCUACAGACGAUCGAGGUCCCUAGUGGAUUAUGAAAAUGCUAAUAAAGCGUUGGAUAAGGCAAGAGCAAAAAACAAAGAUGUUCUGCAGGCGGAAACAUCCCAACAACUGUGCUGUCAGAAGUUUGAAAAAAUAUCUGAAUCUGCAAAACAAGAACUUAUAGAUUUUAAGACAAGAAGAGUUGCUGCAUUCAGAAAAAAUUUAGUGGAACUCGCAGAAUUAGAACUGAAGCAUGCAAAGGGUAACCUUCAGUUGCUGCAGAACUGCCUUGCGGUUUUAAAUGGAGACACAUAAGCCAUGCUCCACGUUACUGUUACAAAGGGCUGCCUUCCUUCAAAUCUUCUUUCUGUUUUCUUACUGAUGUUAAGCAUUUCUGCUCACUGGAAUCAAUAACCAAGCAGCUGACAGUGCGUCUCCUCUCCUCCGAAAACAGUGGGCCGUGCUGUGCGCAGGCAGGGCCAGCCAGACCGUAGGGUGAAACGCUGGACUGUUCACUGGGCAGCGGGCUGUCAUCGAGCACGGGUCCUACCAAGAAGCCCAAAGUCAAACUUUUUGUUAAAGUAGUCUCUCUGUGUUCAUUUUAUAAAUAGUAAUUCUGGCUGCCACUCUUAUUUACCUUUAAGUUACUUCUGAAAUUUAACCUUUCAGAAUACAUUGUUCAAACAUGAUAAAGAUUGCCUUGAUUUUUAAAUUUUUUUUUUAAAAGCCUUGUAUACCUUUUGUUCUGUCAUGUAGCCUUGUAAAGCAUCUUAGACUUAUUGUUAACUAAUUAACCAAGACGUUUUGGGUCAGAAUUUAUGUCAUCUUUGUAAGUUUGAUUUUGGGGGGAAAAAUGCAUUAGUAUGUUUGCCUUAAACUUGUAGACUAAACCAAUUAUUGUAAAAUAACCAGUGAUAACAGUGGUAGUUUUUAACUCUGUGGUCAUUGUAUCACACUAAAAUUUGGAGUAGUUUUAAGAAAUCUACUCCAACAUUAUGCUUUACAGCAUAGGUCUUAGGUUUAUAUUUUUUUUUUAUUCCUUUAAAAAAAAUGGCCUGUUGAACCAAGUUCACCAAUCCCUUCAAAACAGAAUGAGCUGGGCCACUGUGCACUUCAUAGAAAGUGCAGUUGGGCAGAGACCAGUGACAGGUAUUUGUGAAAUAAAGGAGCGGCAUUGCUUCUGGAUUCCGUCCCUGGCUCAGCCAGUUAACUGGGAGAUGCGUGUCCCUGAGCCUCUUGGAAGCCACGGCAGUGUGUGUGGAGUGAAAGAGGUCUGCUAGAAGGACAGCUCUUGUCUGUAGGACAAAAGUAGAAUAUUUGAGAUGAAAGUUGAUAUGCAAAUAGUAGACUGACUGCCAGGAGUUCUGUUACAGAUAUGACUGGUCUUUCUAAUGUGAAUGAGCGUCAUCGUCAUUCCUAGUUUAAAGUGAGAUUGAAUGGUUGCGCUCCUCCGGUGUCUUUUUCUAACUCUGCUGUGUUUAGAAAUCACAGGGACAUGGGCUGGUCACCCCUUGGAUGGGUUCCUGGUUUGUUCACAUUUUUCCAAACCAUUCUGCAGAUUGCCUGCUCUGUCUAGUUUCCAUUCAUCAUGACUCCAGCCUUUCUCAGCUGCAUGUUCUCUUCCUGCCUAAUGGGCUUGGUCAGCGUUCUGUCUCUCAAACUGACAUGCUCCUCAUGCUGCCUAAAUGUUCAUUUUUCUGUUGUUGGCUGACAUCUGUGUGUUUGUCCUUUGUGUGUGUAACCUUCAUCAUUACAAGUGCGCCCAUGCAGCGUCCACCAGUGGGUGAGUGCAGGACCAAGAGCCCUUGCUUCCAGAUUCAGGUCCAGCCCUCACCAGCUGCCCUUGUGGCCUCAAGCAGGUUUGGGCAGACUUUCUGGACUUCUGCCUCAGUUCUCUACUCUAAAGGACAUGUUGACCUACCUCACAGGGGUGUUGUGAGGAUUAAUAAAUGUUGGUACUGUGCUUUGGAAA